ACAGCAGUCUUUAAAAACAAACUUAAACUUUCAAUUGAAAGAAAUAUUCGAGAUUAUAUUUCUGAUAAAGAAGAUUUUAGUUUUAAACACACUGUUGAGCAGCUGUUGGCACCUUGUAAAAAAACUCGAGGAAAACAAGGAAGAAUCACACGACCUCAAAAUGCAUUCAUCUUGUAUCGAAAAGAUAUUCAAGACGAAAUAAAAAAAGAAAACCCAAAUGCAAGUUUUGAACAAAUAUCAAAGAUUAUUGGAGAGCGCCGUGUUCAUCGUGAUAUCUUUCCGAAUUAUAGAUUUAUAACAAAAUCGAAAGGUGCGAAGAAAGAUUAUAGUAUUAUGCCUAAGGAAUCUAAAGAACCUAAAGAAGAAUUGCAAAGGCCAUGGUCACCUUUAUUAUCUAUUAUAGUUCCCGAAGAAUCUCGGUCGUCUCUGAACGAGCAAACGACAUCGUUCGAUAACAUUUCUCAAAAAAACUAUAAAGUAGUAAACGAAUCACAAGAAAUGCAGUUCAUGACUGAACCGCAAUAUUUGGAUCCUAUGACAGAAUUAAUUAACAUGGUUCAAUCGAACAAACAAUUCACAACCGAUUACUACAAUUAUCCAAAUGAUUUUGACUAUGAAACACAAUCAACAGAAAUGUUACCUUUCGAUUUCAGUGGAAAUGAUUGUGUAGAUACUACUUUGCUUUUUCAUUUCAGUGAAAAUACUAGCAUUGACACAACUUUCCCUCUUCAUUUAAUUCAAAGUACGCCACAAGAUUUUAAUGAUUAUCCAUUCGGAACUGUAAACUCUGAUUCUUUCUUAUAUGAUCCAACUUUUGAUUCCUUUGAAUCAUCGAAUGAACAUUUGUAUAAUAUUUUUGAUUUAACAAAUAUUUAA